AUGUGGGACCUGCAGCACUUCAUGAUGCUCCUGCGGCCCGACCCGGCCCUGGCCCAGGCGCUAGUGUUCGAUUUCCAGCCGCGGGACCCGGAGGACGCCCUCGCCGCGCUCGCGGUGCUGUCCCGGAGAGAGAUCCCUGGUAUGAUGGAUGAUCUAAAUACCCCCACCGUCAGUGUGUGGCACAUAGUGAAGUACGUACGGUCACUCAUCAGAUUCUAUAACUGGAGACCCAACACACAAGGCAGAGAGUUCAAGGAAAUCAGGAGACAUUUUCAAAAAAGAAAAAGAAACGAGGAGAGAAGCUAA